AUGUCCAAAAAAUACGCUGAUUACUUUUGUAAAACGCUACCAGAAAAUUACAGUUUUUUUGGUUUUUAUAAAUAUCGUUGUCAGCAACCUGACUUUACCUUUUCAUACCAAAGGGAGUCCCGCAAACUUAGUAGCGAUCUCGAGCAAUUAACGAGUGAAGAUUCAGAAGUAGUUAGGGCUUAUGCGGGCCGGUUCUUCCUUGUGCACACAACUACGGUGGAUAUCUGCGCUUAUCCACCUUAUGGUCUGCGUUCCGUUAAUCAACGUGAAAAAUAUCCUGAUGUUCAAAUGUUUUGGAAUAACGUAGAGUCAUCUGUUACUAAUUCAAGUCUAGAAUUGGAUAAGGUAAAGACGGCUCGAGCAGUAAUGCAUGGCACCAAGAGGUUGAUAAAAACUGCUUUAAACGAAGUUGAUAGCACACUGAAAACCGAUGGAGGUUUUGUCUCUAAUAAUGUACCGAAUGAACGACCAGCCGAAAAAGCUCUAUCUGAAGGAGUUUCUUCAAUUGGGAAUACAGAAGCAAGAAAACGUCCAGCUGAGGAAGCCUCUCCCACCAUCACUUCUCCUCCUAAUCUUCGAGAUCGUAGUCAUCGCACAAAUGAACCAUCGGGUUCAGCCGAAGAAGUUUCACCAAUCAUCACACCUGCUGAUCGUUCUCCUCCUCCAUCCUAUAAAAGUGUAGAUAAUUCUUUUGAAGCCGAAGCAUCAACUGAGGCCUCUCCCUCUCCA